GGAAAUGAACGCCAUCUAUAAACUAUAAAACAUAUGAUUGUUAUUCUUCUACACAACCAAGUUUGAUGUGGCUGUUAACGAAGCGUCUGCAUCACAGAUUAUACUAUUAGAGAUUUGGCAAACUACGAUAUUAUUGAUUAAAGAUCGAUCCAUCUAAUAAACAGUAAAAAAAUGAGUGAACCAAAAUCAAAGAGAAACCUAUUGGAAAACAAUGAGAAGAAAGAAACUCCAAAUUUGUGCCGGGAUCUAUUACUCUGUUCAAUUGGACCCCGACCCUGUUUUAUUCCUAGCUGCUUUUGCUUCCCAAAACUCAAGGAAUCUUUGACAACGAGAAUGAGUUAUGCGAUUUUUCUGGGGCUCAUUGCAAUUCUCGCGAUAUUGAGUCAGUUCAAGCCUGUGUAUAAAAGUCUUGAAUUUUUGGAUAAGGUAGAGUCACAAUGUGACUUUUAUAAUGUGUCUUCCUGUCCUGGAGAAAUGCCGUAUCCUUAUUUAUUGGCUUACAGAUAUUGUUAUUCACUUGUUGCUUUUCAUCUACUUCUCCUUCCUUUAACGUUUUUGGCAGAAAACAGCCAAGGAAGAUCAGGUUCCAUUCAUAAUGGCUUUUGGCUUAUAAAAUUCUUAGCACUGAUUGCUCUAAUCUUUGGUUUGUUCCAAGUGCCUGUCAAAAAACUCAUUUUAGAAAUAGGUCUAUAUGUUGGUAUGUUUGGUGGAUUGGUCUUUAUCGUUUUCUGCCAACUGCUAUCUAUACUCUCUUUUGCUCAUCGCCUUCGGAAGAAAUGGCUCAAAAAUAGUGAACGAAAUAUUUGUUGGAAAUUAGUCAGCCCUAUAGUAGCCUUUCUUUGCGCAGCAGCAAUUGCAGGAAUCACUUAUAUUACUAUUGCACUAUAUGCUAUGAAAAUGGACUGCAAAGUAGGUACUUUAGAGAUAAAGACAAUUAUUAGUUUAAUCGUUGGUCUUUUACUUAUUAUAAUAGUUCUACUAGUUGGUCUAUCCGUUAUAUCCUGCGUGAAAAGAAUGAACCCUAAUAAUUCCUACCUUCAAGCACUUGUUGUGGGAGUUUACGUUAUGUAUCUAAUUGCAACAAGCGUGACAAGUAUACCUGUUGUAUCCAGAGGGGAAAAGAACGCCACUAAUGUUUCAAAUCUUUUAUCAAAUUUUGAAUUACCAAAGGACUGUUCAAUGCUUAAAAGCGCCGCGAGUGUUAAUUUAUCGUUUCUUGGCGAUUUAAAUAAAGUGAUGAAGAUAACAAACUACAUUGGCAUAGGUCUGAUGACGGGGAUGGCAAUUUAUUCCGCAAUGAUAACGCAAUUGGAUAAGGAAACCCCUAAAGCCAUUCAACUAAGGAGAAAGGUACGCAAGUUUUGUUGCAAAACAGAAUUGAAAGAAGAAACCAUUCCCAUUGACACACCGGAAACAGACAGAAUCAUACGAAAUGACUAUCAUACUACAUCGUAUAAUUACUAUAUCUUACAUUUCACAUUUUCCUGCGCGGCGUUAUACAUUCUAAUGAAUCUAACAAUGUGGUAUAAGCCAGUUAUUGCGUCAUAUGAUAACACAUUCCAAAAGGCAAAUAUUAUACAUUUUGGUCGAAACUGGCCUGCAGUAUUCGUUAAAUUUGGAUCGGCCAUUAUGUGCUUAAUUCUAUAUUUAAUAACUUUAUUUGUUCCAAAAAUUUUUGGAUACGAUUUUACCGUUUUGAAAUUAAGAAAGAGCCAUUCUCAGAUUGAAGUUAGUACAAUUGUAUAAAGUCAAUAUAUUUAUUUCUCACUAUAUAAUUAAAGUGUGUAUUUUGUCCUAUCUAUCCUUUGCUUUUCUCUAAAUAUGCUCUUUAUAUCAAUAAAGAAAAGUGCUCUUUAUAAAGAUGAGUAUUCUGUUUAUAGACCAUUUAUGCAAGCCCUAACCUUACAUAUUACGUGCGAAAUUAUGUAUAUUGUAUUUGAUACGAAAAGUUUGUUUAUGUCAAUUUUUGCAGUUUUACAUUUUUUUAUUAUUUGAAUAUAUUUCAACUAUUUAACGGAAUUAUAGUCCAAAACAAAAAGGAUAAAACGAUCUGUAUUACUAAGCAUUUCUGAAUAAUUUAUCUACAAUGCGACUAGGAAACUUGUUGAAAUAUUACAAACAAUUUGGUAUCUUUAUUUAUAUUACAGUUAAAUAUACAGCAACAGCUCUGGAAUACAGAUUUUUUUCUCUUGCAAACGAUAAAAAAAGAGAAAUAUAAAUUAUAUUCAAAACUGUUAUAAAUUCUGUUUCGAAU